UCGAGAAGUAUAAGGCCGGAUUAGUACGUUAUCACUAGUGUAUCAGAGACGACAAUAGAUGGCUGACGGUUAUUUCGUAGAUCUCUUUCGAGAAUGUCGUCACAUUCAAUAUGGAUGAGUACGUGGGUAUUCCCCGGGACCAUCCCGAGAGCUACCACUCAUUCAUGUGGAAGAACUUUUUCUCCCAUGUCAACGUAAACCCCAACAAUGUGCACAUUCUCAACGGCAACGCGCCCAACCUUGAGGCCGAAUGUGUUGAGUAUGAAAACAAAAUCAAGCGUGCCGGAGGCAUCGACCUCUUCCUGGGUGGCAUUGGCGAGGACGGCCACAUUGCCUUCAAUGAGCCCGGCUCCAGCUUAGCUUCCAGGACUCGCGUCAAGACUCUUGCAUAUGACACCAUCUUAGCCAACUCACGCUUCUUCGACAACAACGUGGACAAGGUCCCUAAGAUGGCCUUGACCGUCGGCGUCCAGACCAUCCUUGAGGCCAGGGAAGUCGUCAUCAUCAUCCUCGGUGCACGCAAGUCCCUAGCUCUGCAGAAGUGCAUUGAGCAAGGUGUGAACCACAUGUGGACCCUCUCCAGUCUUCAACUUCAUCCUCACCCCAUGAUUGUGUGCGACGAGGAUGCCACAUUAGAGCUUCAAGUAAAGACCGUGAAGUACUUCAAGAGUAUUGAGUGUGUGGCAAGGGAGCAAGGUUUCGAGCAGAUUCUGCCCUCAAGCAUCCGGACUGGUCCCGCGCCGGCUCCUAUUCCUAAGACUGUUGUGGACGAGGUUCAAUCCCCCACAAUCCUCGCUCCUCAACCUAUGACAUCCCGCCUAUUGCGCGCAACUCCCGCGACGGAAUACCCCAUUCGAUCGGUGUCGCCGGAUCUAAUCCCAGACCGAAUGGCCGACCGCGUUGGUGUGCCGGAUCUAGUCCGUCGACUUACUCCCCAGCCCGAACAGCAGCACCAGCGGCUAGCUAGUGUCGGCGCCUAGACAUAUCACGAUGACUGACAACGUAAUUUGAUUUUAACGAUUCACGAUCGACUUGGAAAAGAGUUAUUCAUCCACUUAAUUUCACUGAAAUAGGCAGGCAUCAUCUAGAUUGUUACGACCCAAUGAGGACUCCCCAUCUACUCUACAAUUUUAGGAAGAGAUUGAUUGACAUUAGGUUUGAGAAGACGUAGAUCCUAUUGUUUCUGUAUCUUAGCAACUUGUCAUUUACCAAAUUGGUAUAUUUUCUAGCAGACAGACAGACAGAUUGGAUUGGCUCACGUCAUUGGUUUGUGUUGCAUCGUACCAGAGGUAGAUGGCAAGCAGAUCGAUUAGAGUAGCGCUAGACGCGUUAAAAACAUCAGAGAUACCCAUAGUUAUACGUUAUGUUUUUGUCAUUCAAAUUUGAAAUAAUUUAUAUAAUUUCAUCGUUUCCCUUAUGC